AUGUCUACUAGCCGUCACCAUGUCGUGUCCGUCGUGCUUGGUUCUGAUGCGACUCAAUACGAAAGCAGCAGUACUGCUAUGAAUCAAUUUGCUGGCAAAAGAAUUGCAGCAAGAGAGACUUUUCAACUUCUAGCAAGCUCGCAGAUCCAGCUGGGGGAGUACAGAGAUAUAAAGUGGGAUAAAAAGAAAGUGGAGGAAUCCAUCAGGCUACGAAAUGAAAUUCGAGCUCGAACGGGCCCGCAAAUAACUCGAGGCAUGUCAUACGACGAUGACAUCGAGUAUGUUUCGGAAGCAAAAAGUUCCUUUAAAAACCAGUUUGAGUUGUAUAAGCCAUCAAUAAUGGCGGCGACGGUGAAGAACGAUCUGAGUGCAACUCACUUUUCAAUGGGGCAUGAGAAACUGGACUACAAAACUUCAAAUUACAUCAAGCCCAUGUCUUCCGAACAGUUUGCGGCUUUUUCCAUAAAGCCUCCGCCUACUCACGAUCUUAAAAUGUCAAAUGUCGUAAUUUCAUAG